AUGGCUUUUAGUACCUCACUCUUUCUACUGAUAUUAGAAGGACAAAAAAGACAAAAAAGUACGGUGGUGGCCGUGGAUAGGGAUAAGAAUAGUAUGCAUGCGGUGAAAUGGGCCGCAGAUCAUCUCCUCAUCAGUAACCCUGCUGUCAUUCUUAUUCAUGUCCGAAGCCGGGGAUCGACCUCUCACCGUAGCUCUGAAUUGGGACGAGAACAUCAAAAUAGUGGAAUGACAGAAUUCUUUUUACCUUACAGAGGAUUUUGCGCUCGUCGAGGGAUACAACUUAAAGAGGUGGUUUUGGAAGAAAACGAUGUCUCGAAGGCCAUAAUUGAAUAUGUAAAUUUGAACCAUAUCAGUAACAUAGCCGUCGGAGCUCCGAAUAAAUUGGUGUUCACCUUUGCAAGAAAAUUUAGGAACCCUGAUAUUUCCGAACGCAUACUGAAAUCGGCACCUGAAUAUUGCACUGUAUAUGUUAUAGCGAAAGGAAAACCGAUGACAAUUCGAUCAGCAAAGAGUCCUGUACUGAUCAGCACCAUGCCGCCUAGACAAAUACAUUCUCCGCAACAAAUAGCUGAAGGUGGAUUCCACAAUGAAGAACGAGUGAGAGGACAAUAUGGGAAGAAUGGAAUAAGAGUUUUGUUCCCUGCACCAGAUAGAAGGUCUAUAGAUAGGGGAUCGGAUUUUAUGAAGACACCGACACGUGAAAGACCGCUCUCUUCUGCUAAGACAGUGCCACCAAAUAUGUUGCUUGAAGCCAUUGAUUCUGCGCAACAAUCUCGUAACUCUUUCUCCGAUGAUGCUGAUUUCUCGAAGAGCAUGCGCUUCCAAUCAAUGGACUUUGCUGAGACUUCGGAGUUCAUUCGUGGCUCAAAUGUUAACCCUCUUGAUUCUCAGCCUUCUCCUAUUGGUAGUGCACAAAAAGAGAUUGAAGCUGAAAUUAAGAGGCUUAGACUUGAACUUAAGCAAACUAUGGAUAUGUAUAGCUCUGCUUGCAAAGAAGCAAUUUCAGCUAAACAAAAGGCAAGAGAGUUGCACCAAUGGAAGACGGAGGAGUCCAGGAAGGUUGAGGCACUAAAACAAGCAGAAGGGGCAGCACUAGAACUUGCAGAAAUGGAGAAGGCCAAAUGCAAGGCUGCCAUGGAAGCAGCAGAAGAAUCACAGAGGAUAGCUGAACUCGAGGCGAAGAAGCGGCUCGAUGCAGAGCUGAAGGCAACACAUGAAGAGGAGGAGAAGAAGAAAGCAUUGGAUGCAUUGGCUCAGAACGAUGUUCGCUACCGCAAGUACACCAUUGAUGAGAUCGAAACCGCCACACAAAAGUUCUCCGAGAAUCUCAAGAUUGGUGAAGGUGGUUAUGGACCUGUUUACAAAGCCACCCUGGAUCAUACACCGGUCGCGAUCAAAGUCCUAAGACCAGAUGCAGCGCAAGGAAGGAAGCAAUUCCAGCAAGAGGUUGAAGUACUCAGUUGCAUUAGACAUCCAAACAUGGUUCUGUUGCUUGGAGCAUGCCCGGAGUAUGGUUGCUUAGUAUACGAAUACUUAGACAACGGCAGCUUAGAAGACAGGCUUUUCCGGCAAGGCAACACUCCAGUAAUUCCAUGGAGUGUACGUUUCAAAAUAGCGGCGGAGAUCGCCACUGGAUUGCUAUUCUUGCAUCAAGCAAAACCAGAACCACUUGUUCAUCGUGAUCUAAAACCCGCAAACAUACUCUUAGACAGGAAUUAUGUGAGCAAAAUUAGUGAUGUCGGUCUCGCAAGAUUAGUCCCUCCUUCGGUAGCAAACAAUGUUACACAAUACCGAAUGACAUCAACGGCCGGAACAUUCUGUUAUAUCGACCCUGAAUAUCAACAAACAGGAAUGCUCGGAAUUAAGUCCGACAUAUACUCAUUAGGCAUAAUGUUACUGCAAAUCAUAACCGGAAAGCCUCCAAUGGGAUUGACUCACCAUGUUGAGCGUGCAAUUGAAAAAGGAACUUUUCUUCAAAUGCUUGAUCCUGCAAUAAAGGAUUGGCCGGAAGAAGAUGCACUUAUAUUCGCAAAGCUUUCACUCAAGUGUGCCGAGCUCCGCAGAAAAGAUAGGCCUGAUCUCGGCUCGGUCGUGUUGCCGGAGCUCAAUAGACUGAGGGAGUUAGGCCAUGAAUAUGAAGCUCGAAAUGGCAACAUGUGUUUCAAUAUGGUACCAUGUAAUCCAAUUAGCACCACUCAAAAAUCACCACAAUCAGUUUCACAACAACAACAACAGGCUCAAGUAUUAAGCACACAAAAUGCAAGCGCACCAUGGGCAGGAUCUUCAGAAGAAUAUAAAACAUUUACUUAG